GCGGAGUUUAUCGUACAGAAUGCGGAGGCACUUUUUGACAGUCAUGUUAUGAUUACAUUAAGACAGUGACACAGCUCUAACUGUCUUCGCCCAUCAACCUCAGGCUGGACUUGACUGAAUUUUCCUGUUUUUUUUCUUUUUUCAAAGAUAAGUCUUUACCUCGUCGUUAUUUCUAUAACACUGUUUCCACUUUUUGUUUUCUGUUGCUAGCUAGCUAGCCGUAGUUCAACUUUUGUCGAGUCAGUCGGGCAACUUCGCCGUUGGUUUCCGUUGGAAAAGACUCCUUGUUCCACCAUGGCCCAAAACAACCCUUCAUUCCCGGUGCAACUGUUCGUUUACGACAUGUCCAGGGGAAUGGCUCGCCAGCUGAGUUCUGUUUUCCUAGGAAGACAGGUAGACGGAAUAUGGCACACAGGUGUUGUGGUCCACGGAAAAGAGUUUUUCUUUGGUGGAGGAGGAAUCGCCCACUGCCCACCUUGUGGCACCGUACUGGGCCGGCCGAACUCAAUAGUGGAUUUGGGUUACACCGAGGUGAAUGAAGAUUUGUUUUUGGAGUAUCUGGACUCGCUGGCUGAGUCAGAGUACAGAGGCGACAAGUACAACCUGUUUGAGCACAACUGCAACACCUUCAGUAACGACGUGGCUCAGUUCCUCACCGGCAAAACGAUCCCGUCGUACAUCACAGACCUUCCAUCUGAAAUACUCUCCACUCCGUUUGGCCAGGACCUCCGCCCGCUCUUGGACUCAUUGGCCAUAAAUCCAGGAGGAAACAUCACUGGACAGCGAUAAAUAAAGCCAUGCAUACAGAAGAAUGCACUUGGUAACCUUUGUGCCAGCAACCUCUGCUACCAGUCACAUUUACAGCUAAGCUGCCAUCAUUGGGGCCCUUUACUCUUACGUUUUUUAAAAAUCACCAUCAAGGUUGGUUUCUGCAUGUAAAUGCAUUGCAAGGAAUACCAGCAAACUAAGCCUGUGGACAAAAAAAAUAAUCACUCUAAUUUAGCUUUUGUUCAUAAACUUACUUCCACUUGCUCAGCCAAAAAUCUGUUUUCUGCUGUAGAGCAGUUUUGAAAUCGUCCCAUUAAAGAUGAGAUUUGUCGAGCAUUUCCUUAAGGUGCUUUGUUAGGUAGAGGUUUUAACAUCAAAAACUAUUAACGGUGCGACGAUUUUAUAAAACAAAUUCUUGCCAUGUACUGAACUUAAUCUGUAAACAGGAUUUAUCUUUCAAGUGCAGUACAAAGCUUCUGUUCUUACUAAAUGUUGGUCUUUUUCUGUCCGUCUCUAAAUGGGUGACAGCUGACAACUGUCUGCAUCAUAGAUGUCUAGCUAAAAUAAAAUGUUAAAAAAACCUAGCUAGCAUAGCUACACAACUACAGUAUGUAGCUGAUGUCAUCUAGCUACAUAGCUAGCUAGAUACGUAGCUUAAACACAUUGCGAAGAAACAUUUUUAAAAAAUCGACUUUAUCUAAAGGUUUCCCUUUAGAGUUUAUGGGGACAGUUUGUUUUUUUAGCUGCUGAUAAGUAUAAAUUAAAAGUCUAUGAAGCUCUUUACUUAUUUUAUUUUUAUUAAUAAAAAGCUCAAAUGCAAGGGUUGCGCUCACUGGGGAAAAUAGCUUAGUCAAAACUGUUCUGCUGGCUUUUUAUAACGUUGUCUAGGAAACCCGUUUUUACCAAUUUUAAGGUAUCUUUAAAAUGUAUUUAAAAAGCACUUUAAAAAAACAAACCUAUUUGAACCUCAUGUCAUUUAGUAACAUCGUUUUUGUUUUUUCUGAAAACUCCUGGACCAAUCAGCUACAUACCUCUGAUUUGCUACAUUUGGAUUUUUAUUACUGGCACAGACUGUUUUUAUGCACUAAGUACCAGAAUUAGGUAUUUGUACAAAGAGGCCUUAUCAAUGGUGUUGAGACAACAUCAAGUUCAUCUGAAGUAGUUUUUUCCUUUGGACUCUUGUUUAGAUCCUAAUCAUAGAUUUAAAUCUUCGAUUAUGACUAUAAAUUGUGUGCAGGUCACUGUAAAUGAAAAAAAAAAAAGAUUAAAGAUUAAGUAAACAAUACCUACAGAAGGA